GUAGAAUCAGCUCUAGUUUCACAUCCUCAGUGUGUUGAAGCUGCUGUAGUUGGUGUGGAGCAUGAGGUUAAAGGACAAGGGAUAUAUGCAUUUGUUACUUUGGCCGAAGGUGUUCCAUAUAGUGAGGAACUAAAAAAAAGCCUUAUAAAGGUUGUGAGAGAAAAGAUUGGAGCUUUUGCUGCGCCGGACAAGAUCCAUUGGGCGCCGGGACUUCCAAAGACAAGAAGUGGGAAAAUAAUGAGAAGAAUUUUGAGGAAAAUUGCUUCCAAGAGCUUAGAUGAGCUUGGGGAUACAAGUACAUUAGCAGAUCCUACUGUGGUUGAUCAGCUUAUUACACUUGCUGACUGCUGAAUGUUAGAAAUUGCCUUACAUUAAUUACCUUAUUCUUUCCACUAAAAGCGAAUGGUUGUUUUUUGUCCCCCCUAUGUUACAUCAACAUCUAUGUAUUUUAAGUUGAGUUUCUUUCUAAAUCGAAGUCAUCCUUUGAAAGUCAAUGUUGCUGUACUUCUGUGGACAUAAGUGAAUCAAGAAAGAGAAUUAAUAUACAAAUUGACACUUGAUCAA